CACUGUUCAGCUUGUCCUCCGCUCCCCUCAAAACGAAAGCAACCGUCGUGCGAUCUGUGUCGUUCAGAGAUCCCAAUUUUCGAAAAUCGCGAAAGUCAGUUUUUUCUAUCUUGUUUUUCAAAUUCGAGUGUCAAUUCGUCACAAAUGGUUGUGUUAGAAGGUGGCGGAAUGUUGUCAUCAUCAGGAAACCAAUAUCUCCAACCGGAUUACCUUUCUCCAUUACCAACUACGUUGGAUGCUAAAAAAAGCCCGUUGGCCUUACUCGCACAGACGUGCAGCCAAAUUGGAGCGGAUUCACCGUCGUCCAAACCGCUGAUGUCCUCCAUCGACAAACCCAAGAAGACGGUCGACAACACGCGUUCCUCGCCUGCCGCCUCAAGGGAGAAAAACAACCACCGUUCAACACCGACCGAACACAAGCUAGGUUUCAAACCUUACGAAUCCGGUAACACGGUCAAGAAAUCAGAAGAACGCCCUUCCUCCAAAUCCGGCAGCAUCAUCGAGGAGAAAAUGGAAUCCAAAUCGCCGGAAUGCAAAUCCUCGUCGCCGUCUAGCAGUACUUCAGCCACCCCUGUUCCAGAAACCGGAAAGACAUCGCCUUCGUCCGGUUCCGCAGACAAAUCCUCGAGUCCUGCCGCGAGUGGUGCUAGUCCUAUUAUUCGUUCAGGUUUAGAGAUUUUGCAAGGACACAAGGACACUUCUCUGAGCGGCUUCAAGCCGACCCUAUCUUCCGGACUGAGUGGUGGUUUGAACGGACCUUUGAGUUCUUUGUGUUGUCCUCCUGGUUUGGAGCAUACGAACCCCGCGUUUCGACCACCGUUUUCUGGAGCUCCCUACUCGCACCACGCUGCCAUGUUGGCUGCUGGUUAUGGUUCGCCGGCACCUUACAUGAGUUACGCCCGCGUGAAGACUCCAACUGGCGGUGAAGCUUUGGUACCAGUGUGCAGAGAUCCUUUAUGCACUGGAUGUUCUUUAAAUAUGCACAAUAACCAAUACCUGAUGGGCGGUGCAGGUGCAGGCCCUUGUCCCAGUGGGUGUACACAGUGCGACCACCAAAAAUACAACUUUGCAGUUGCGAUGUCGUUAGUACCACCAGGUUCUGUACCAUCUUCCCUAGCGUACUCUCAAUUAGGAAGACCAUACAUAUGUAAUUGGAUUGCCGGUGAUAAUUAUUGCGGUAAAAGAUUCGUCACAUCAGAAGAAUUACUACAACAUCUAAGAACGCAUACGAGUGGUGCUGAUGGUAACCCAGUGACAUCGACAGCUUCUUCCCUGUUGAACCCGCAUUUGUUUUCAACAGCUGCUCUUCAUCGUUCUGGAUAUCCUAAUCCACCUUUGAGUCCUUUAUCCUCCGCCAGGUUUCAUCCUUACGGAAAACCUACCCUCCCAACCAGCCUGGGAGCUUCACCCUUCAGCGCUUUUAACCCAACAACUCUAGGUCCCUAUUACUCACCUUAUUCUAUUUAUGGUCAACGUCUUGGUGCUGCUGCAGUGCAUCCGUAGUAAUGCAAACUGUGAGCUCCAGUUCAGAGACUGUUGAAUCCAUAAAUAUUACUGUGAUAACAUGUAUAUAGUCAUUGAUGACCUAAAAGAGGUUUUAAGUGCAAUCCAGAGAAAUUUGAAAAUUGUAUAUAUAUUUUAUUUUGAUGAAUCGAGGUUUUUUCCAUUAAAUUAUUAUUUCAUAUCAAAUACUUGACAUUAUGUUACUCAUCCUUGUAUAGACAUGUAAGAGUUAAUGUUGAUUUUAAUGAUGCUUUAAUAAAAUGUUUGUAGAGUUACAAUAAAAAGUGUGUUAUUCGAA